AUGUGUAUUAGAUACUAUUUUACUUUUCUACAUAGCACCUUCCAUCCAAGGAUCUCAAUGCAAUUGUGUACAUUUGCUUAUGUAUGUGAUGUUCAGAAUCGCCUUUCAGAAGACUUAAUAUUUGUUGGAUGUGUCGGUCAUGCUUGGAAUGAGCUGGUUUCUGUGAAAUGGCUUAGCAAGGGCUUAGAAGGGAGAUGGUUUCAUAACAUACUGAUGGAAGAUUUUUAUUUCAGUGCCCACCCCGUGCCCUUCCCCCAGUUCCAAGAUGAAAUUCCACUUAGUCGUCCAAAAAGAAAGAAGCCCAAAGGAAAAAAUGCACUGGAGGGUAUUGUUCACGCAGCUGUCCGUCGGCCAUCUGAGAGUAGCGAGCCUCUAACUCCUGAGGUUCAGGAUGCUCCACCUCAGAGGAAACGCAAGAAGAAGAGAAUGCCUCCUGAAUCUGAGACCUCUUUCACCCAGCAGAAUGUGCCCAACACAUCCUUUUUUCAGACUGGAAAUGGCAUGGAUCCCCAGCCCUCUGAAGAAACAGUGAUUCGUAAACAUCGAAAAAAAACAAAGAAGACUCGGCCAGCAGAAAUGCAAUGUUCCAAUGAACUGGGAGUGGAGGAAGAGGACAUUAUUGAAGAUGAACAAACAAAAAGUCCAGAUCAGCAACCUGUGUUUGCUGUUCCCACUGGUGCUAGCCAGCCUGUGAGCAAGGUGUUUGUUGAAAAAAAUCGGCGUUUCCAGGCAGCUGACCGCACAGAAUUGGUUAAAACCACAGAAAACAUUGAUGUAUUUAUGGAUGUAAAGGCUUUAUGGACCACUAGGGAUGUGGCACUCUCAGUGCACCGUGGUUUCAGGGUGAUUGGACUCUUUUCUCAUGGCUUCCUUGCUGGCUAUGCUGUGUGGAACAUUAUUGUAAUAUACAUUCUAGCAGGAAACCAGCUAUCCACUCUCUCAAACCUGCUACAGCAGUACAAGGCCUUAGCAUAUCCUGCUCAGAGUUUCCUUUACUUGUUGUUGGCUAUCAGCACAGUUUCAGCCUUUGACAGGAUUGACUUGGCUAAAGCAUCAGUAGCAGUGCGAGGCUUCCUGACCCUGGAUCCAGCAGCCAUAGCCUCUUUCUUAUACUUUGUUGCUCUCAUCUUGUCUCUGAGCCAGCAGAUGACAAGUGACAGAAUCAACCUCUAUACACCACCUUCGGAGAAUGGGAGCAUCUGGACUGCAGGUGCAGAGGAACAGAUUCUUCAUCCAUGGAUUGUGGUGAAUCUGGUGGUUGCUCUUCUAGUUGGGCUAUCCUGGCUCUUCUUAUCUUACCGACCAGAGCUAGAUCACAGUGAAGAACUGAUGUUUCAUGCUGAAGUAGAAGAAUUUCCUCAGCUGGAUAAAGGCCUCAAUGUCCAAUCGUAGUGCAGAAAAUGCAUCUUCAAAUACUGUAGCUGAGACUGAGGACUUAGCACUUAUAUGUAUUGUACCUGUAUAUAAUGCUUUUCUACAAAACAAAAUUUGUAUUUUUGUAUUGUUUUAUAUAUACUUGUUUCUGAUGGAUCUUUUAUUUUAAUUAUGCUAUUUUAAAAAAUUCCAAAGAUUUUUGAAAAUAGGACUAUAAAACAUUUUAUAUUUA